GGCAGCUGUUCCCGGCAUGUCUCCGGAAAGGCGAGCAGGGCAUCUGUCACGAGAGGAGUUUCUGCAGCUAUAGCCGCUUUUCCUCCUUCUCCUGCACGGAACAAGAAGGAGACGAAGUAACGCGGAAGACGAAGACGAAGGCGAAGGCGAAGACGAAGACGAAGACGAAGACGAAGACUGACAGCGACGCACAGGGAGUCUCGAUCCCGCUUCCCCUCAAUGGCGGCAGUGGCAGUCGUGCUGUUGCUCAGCAUCCUUCAGCUAGCCGUCCAUGGCUAUGCUAUAUCUCCGCCUCCUGGCUCAGUGACCGUUGGCGACGUCAGUGCUGCAGGCGAUGGAUGUCCGGAAGGCACUUAUACUGCCGUCGUGUCAGAUGACGCACAUGCACUCACGGUCAUGUUUAGCGACUUCACUGCUGUCACCGACAAAGCACUCGGCGAUCGGCGGAAGCAGUGCGUCGUGAGUCUCCAGCUGAAUUACCCUCAAGGCUUCACCUUCACUCUUGUGGACAUCAUCUUGCGCGGGUAUGCUAACUUGGACGAGGGUGUUAAGGGAGUCCUCCAGACGAGCUAUUACUUCAGCGGGCAGCCAGGGACGGCUGACGCUCCCGUCGUCAAGGUCGGUAAAUUUGAUGCCAACUUCGAGGAGGGCGCAACUUUCAUUUCCCCUGUAGUAAGCGUCUGCAACCAAGUCAGGAACCUAAACAUCAGGACUGAAGUCCGUGUGGAACCGGGCAACUUCACCCCCAAGAGACACGGAAUUGUCACCGUGGACUCCCAGGAUCUGAAACUCACGCAAAUCUUCGCUUUCAGCUGGGAAGCGUGUUAACCGGGCCCAGGUAAGGGUGGGCCGCGCAUCCGCGCUUUGGAAGGGGCACUGGGGGAGGGGAGGGGAGGAGACGGGACGGGAGAGGUGGUUGUCGAGGGCUGGAGAAGGGUGGGGGGAGAAUGCCGUAGCUAGAGGGGGGGCAACGCCCUAGCUAGCGGAGUAGAGAGUUGGGAAAUGGAACACCUUAACGAGUCGGGGGCGGGCGUGAACGUGUUAGAGAUCUAGAGAUUUACCGACUCUCAUGGAAGGCAAACUGGUCGUACAUAGUCCUGCGUAGUUGCGGCCUGCGGAAACCGGUAUGUGUUGAGCUCGUGCUCAUGCUAACUGCAGCGCUUAGAAUCGAUCAGGCUGUUAAUUACAGUUAGUAGUUGAUUAGCCCCCAAGUACCGCAGCAGGUUGCGGGCUAUCCGCAUACGGGCAAGUUGUUGUUCUCAAUGUUAAUUUCCGUCAGGACCGCAUUUCGCAAGCAAACACUUGUAAUGGAUGACGUCGUAAGCUGUUGUAUGUGAUAUCCUCAGUCCAGAGUUCACUGUCUGGUCACUGCGUGCUGUCUCGGUGCAGGCAACCGUCUUGACCCGAAUAGAACGCCCGGCCAUUGUUGCUGUAUUCAGUGUCACUUCUCCCUAGAUACGAGCCAUAAUGGCCGGGCGUGGUAUUCAGGUGACGACGGUAUGACCUGUCUGCUGUCUGUGUACUCCCCUUUGCAGACUACGUGCACACAGUGCUCCACCAUUCGAGCUGCCUGUCACUUGUUUUUUCCGUCUUCCUUUUUCUGUGAGAGGUGCCAUUAUGAUAAUAGCUUCAACUUUGAGGAGAUUGCACUCUCCUACUCCGCAAUCGCAUCCUCGACUGAUCUGCAUGUGAUCGGAAUCUCUAUAAUCUAUCGGGCAGUGCUCCAAUC